UUUAUUCCAUAUACCCGUACCAUCUAUGGUCUUUGCUUGCACGUGAAUAUUCGAAUUAGGUUACCCCGUGACGUGUCAUAAUAGUUCACAUAAACUGGAACCAACAUCGAUUCGGGUUACAGUUUCCAAUCCAGACCUCAAAUUUCCGUUCAACCCUUGGCUUGUUCCUGGGACUCAGCCUGCGAAACCGCAUUACGGCUCCAUAUGGUGAAACCUACUUCCUUCAAGGGGAAUAUAAAAACAGAAAGCAGGAUACUGAACUUUUUAUUUAACGGCUCAUUCAAUACAAGAGGCGAUAGUCUUACAUUAGCUAGUUGAAUUUACCGGGACAAAUAUAGCCGAGCGAGCAUGAGUGAAGACGACACGCCGACGAAUCUUGCCGCGAAGCCCACUGCGUCCACAGCGUUUGGCGCGCCUCAGCGGCCGAGGAAAAGACCGCCUUCUGCCGACCACGAUGAUGACAGCAGGGCGUACAAGAGCCAGCGUUCGGUCUCGGACGAGAUCGGACCGGGAAUUCGCCAGUUUUGCCGCCUACAAAGCAACCCAAAGUUCGGGGACUCCCAUGUUGGGGAGAACCUGUUAGCGGGAGGUGGAGAGGUAGAUGAAGCGAUCACAAUUGGACCGGGUGGGGAGGGAGUUGGACAGGGGAACAACCCGCGAAUUGACCCGGGGCAAACCUUGGCAGAGCCACGCUGGGACUCGGAAGAAGAAGAAGAAGGGGAACUACCGUGUAGCCAAGGUUUCCAGCAGGUGCUUGGAGGUGGUGUAGACGUGAUCGACGGAAUAUUCUCCGACCUGGUGCACGCGGGGAAGAAACAAGCCCGCAAGAUUGUCAGGAAAUUAGUCGAGCGGUUUCGCCAAGUCUUGCCGUUGCCGCAGAGUUCUCUGGAGCACCGCCCGGACAACAACGUGCACGUGCGGCAUCCUGACAAGCUGAUUGGAGGAAUGGUGGGACUGGGCAUGCAUAUUCAGAAGGACGCGAAGGGUCAUCUUGUCCACAGCGUAAUUCCUGAUGGUUUGGCGGCCAAAUCUAAACUCCAGGAAAACGAUAUCAUUGUCAGCGUCAAUGAAAAUGAUGUCACGAGUUGGGAAUUCGAGGAGCUCCAGCAGUUUUUUGGCUCUUUGGAAGAAGUGGAUUUCAAAAUUGUCGUCGAACGCGAACAAGAGGACGAAGGCGGUGCUUUUGUUUGUCAUAAAGUCACAAUAUCCAUCAAGAUUUUACUCGAAGGAGACCAGGUGAUGGUGGAUAUAGACGUCAAGGUACAUGUCAGCCAGUUGCAAUUUAAUGGCGAAUCGGAACCGUACUACAUCUUCCAGAACCAAAGUGACCACAGCACCAAGUACCUGAUUUUGAAGAACAAUUGUUUCUGCAUGUCAACGGCGAACGACUUGACACCUUGUCGCUUUAAGCGAUUCUAUUACUCAUAUGGAGCAAUGGCUUUCAUCAACAUAAAUAACAACUCACCGUUGGAUCAUGGGGAGCCCUCAAGAAUUGGUGUGAACAGCAGCGAGUUGACAGACAAGAUCAGCGAGUUUUGGACAGAUGACAGGAUCUUUUUCACUGGGAGGCAAGACAACACUGCUAUGUAUACAUUCCAGUUGGCAUCUCAAAAAGACUUUUAUCUCACUACUGAUGCAAAGGGAAAUUUGACAACAACGUUCUUCUCAGACAAGGAAGCCGUGGACGCAAGUGGUCAGUUCAGCAUGGAGCCUAAGUCUAAGAUCGACAAGAUGACGCCCUCCGACAUACAGAAAUACAACUCAAAGUAGCAGGGUGGUCUCCAUAGCAAGAAAAAGUCCUUCAAUUAGGAGGAAAUGAUCAUCACCCAAAUCCCGAGCAAACAGCCAUAUGGUUGCUAACCGCAAAGCAUCGCUGUUGUUAGGCAAAGCCGAUUACGUAUUUAAAAUCAUUUAAAACUUUUUCUUGCCAACCCAACCCAUGUGCAUUGUUCAGCAAAGCGCCGUAAGCACUACGGCUGACCGAUUUCGGCCCAGCACACAAUGAUGCGGGCAUAUUAACAUAUUCAUUAGCGUC